AUGACAAGUCAGUUCAAUGACAUUGCCUACCACUCAGUGCCACCACAGGCCUUAGUGACUACAGACGCAGGAACCACUGGUAGCAGUCAAACACCAUCAGACGGCUGCAGUCUGAUUGACGUGGCCUCGGACUCUGAGUCCCGGGACCUGGCUCUUUUCCCAAGAGACCUCUUUCUUUCGCUGUAA